AGACGACAAGACAAGAUCGGCUCCUUCCUCAUCGUCUCGUCGCCGCGUUUUGUUUUUUUUCCCCCAUUAAAUAGCUUUUAGUCUUUUUACUCGGUGAGUACCUUUCAUCUGACACUUUUUCUCUUUUCUUGUUGCUGUUGUUGAUCCGGUUGUGUGCAUGGCGCUUCUAAAGAGAGAGAGAGAAGCCAAGCUGGGAUGCUGAGUGCUCGUCUUGUGGAAUCCUUUUUUUUUUUGGAGCCAUCUUCCGGUUCUUGUCUUGAUCGCGGCUUCUUUCUUUGCGUUCUUUUUCAGUUUUGUGCAUAAAAAAAACAACAACACUUUUUGAUUUUGCAGCGCCUGAGAAUGGGACUUUGCUGGAGUUCGUGUAAAUGAAAGGCCCUGCUGCAGGUCUAGGAUGACCGGGAAGAGCCAGACCAGCAACGUGACCAACAAGAAUGACCCACGCUCGCUCAACUCCCGCGUCUUCAUCGGCAACCUCAACACGGCGCUGGUGACCAAGGCCGACAUUGAGGCCAUUUUCGCCAAGUACGGCAAGAUAGCGGGCUGCUCCGUGCACAAGGGCUAUGCCUUCGUCCAAUACGCCAGCGAAAGGAACGCCAGGGCGGCCGUGGCCGGGGAGAACGCCAGAGUCAUCGCGGGACAAUCACUAGAUGUCAACAUGGCGGGCGAGCCCAAGCCAUACAGGCCCAAGAUGGCCACCAAGAGGCCGCUGGCGUCCCUCUACAGCGGCUACGAGUUUGACUACGACUACUACAGAGAUGACUUCUACAGCAGACUCCUGGAGUACCACGGCCGCGUGGUGCCGCCCACCCGGGCCGUGAUCCCCAUCAAGCGCUCCCGGGUGCUGGUGCCGUCCGCACGCAGAGCCAAGUCCUCCUUCCCCGCCAGGGCCUGCUCUUCCUCCUCUUCUACUUCCUCCUCCUCAUCUCGAGCGCUAAUUGUCGGCUCGUCUCUCACCGCCUCCAAACUGAAAGCAGAGCAGCUACUCACCAUCAAAAAAGACCUGGCGCAGAUCAAGACCAAGAUCGACUCCCUGCUGGGGAGGCUGGACAAGCUGGAGAGGCAACAUCGCUGCGAUGCUGCAGACAUGCAGAGGAAACACGAUGAGGCGUACGAGUGUCACCGUGGCGACCAAGCAGACCACUCCGCCAGAGAGGACCAGGCGGAAACGGCCGAGGCGGAGGCGAUGACGGACGGCGGGGAGGAUUACCUGGAAGACGAGGGCGCGGGCGACGCGAUGGAGAACCACAUAUCAGAUAUCGACAACUGAGAGCGAGGUAAAAAAAAAAUGGAAGCCUGCAGUGUGCCUCGGCCAUCUUUGAAGGAAAGCAACAAAGAAGCGACUCCUUUAUGUCUUUGCCUCAUUCAACAGCAAAAAAAAAAAAGAAGGCAAUUAGUUUGUCACUCAAACUGAUGCUUUGGAAUGUUUUCAAGUGCACGGAGCUGUGGAUCGACGCUCAAUGAUACAACAUACAGUACAUGCUACACGGUACACGGUACACAGUACACAGUGUGCAGUAGUGUGUGCUGCAGCCUCCAUGGUGUGUAUUGUAAGUGGCAACCAUGGCCGACCCCCUCCUUUGUUGUACGUUGAUGAAUGUAAGACAACAUAUUUCAUUCUUAUGUGCUUAGGAGGAAAAAGUCCUACAUUUGCUAGGAAAAAACUGCGUAACUAUGAGAAUAAUGUAAGAAAAAAAGUCAAAAUAUUACAAAAAUAAAUGUACUAUAAACACAAUGACUUUUCUCAUAAAUCUACAACCUUUUUUCUUGGAAAUUUAUUUUCCUACAUUUUUUAUUUUAUUUUACUCCAUUCUCGUACAUCUAUGUAUACCUUUUUUCCCUAAAUGUACAACCUUUUUUUUUGUAAAUGUACAACUUUAUUCAUUUACAUUUUUUACAUUUACCAGAAUAAAGUUGUAUAUGUACAAGGAAAAAAACUUCCACCUUCAUGAGAAUAAAUAUUACAUGAUGGCGUGUAAUAUGGGGACUUUUUCCACGGAAAUUCACGACAUUAUUGUCGUACAUUUCAGACUUUUUUUCUUGUAAAUUUCUAAAUUAUUUAUCCUAAAUUCACGACUUGAUUCUUCUACACAAUUUAAAAAAAAAAUGAGAUUAAAGUCAGGCGUUUUGAGAAAAAAGGUCAUCAAUUGACAAGAAUAAAUUUGUACAUUUAGGAGAAAAAACGUUGUAAAUUCACGAGAAUAAAGUUGUUCACGUACAAAACAAAGUUGUCCACUUAUAAGAAAAAGUCAAACAAAGUCGUAGAUUUCUAUAUCACAAGAUAACAUGUAAUAUUUUGUCUUUUUCUACAUUUAUUUACAACAUUUUUCUCCCAAAUGUACGUCUCUUUCUUGUAUAUUUUCACAUUUAUUAUCAGAUUUUUUUUUUGUAAAUGUACGACUUUAUGUUCAUAAAUGUACUACUUUUUUUCUUGUAAAUUUCCAAAUUAUUUCUCGUAAAUUCACGACUUGAUUCUUGUGCACAAUUUUUUUUUUUUUACGAGAUUAAAGUCAGAAGUUUCAGAAAAAAAAAUUAACAAGAAUAAAGUUGUACAUUUAGGAGAAAAACAAGUUGUAAAUUCACAAGAAUAAAGUUGUUCUUGUACAAUACAAAGUUGUACACUUACAAGAAAAAGUCAAACAAAGUCGUAGAUUUCUAUAUCACAGAAUAACAUGUAAUAUUUUUUCUUUUUCCAUGUUUAUUUACAACAUUUUUCUCCUAAAUGUAUGCUUUUUUUCUUGUAUAUUUUCACAUUUAUUAUCAGAUUUUUUUUUGUAAAUGUACGACUUUAUUUUCAUAAAUAGAAGCAAGUAUUAGGGCCACAUUGACAACAAAAUAAUGUGAGCUUUCCAGAAGUCAUACAUUUCUAAACAACAAAAAAAUAAUAAUGUAAUGAGUUUAUGAGGAAAAAAUUUGCAAUUUGAUGAGAAUAAAGUCGUACAUUUAGCACAUAAAAGCUUUAAAUUUACGAGAAUUAAGUUGUCAAGUUACAAAAAAAACUAAAUUAAUAAGUCACAAAUAUCCACAUGCCUUUUUCCAUGUACGUUUACAACAAUUGUUUCCUAAAUGUACGCCUUUUUUUUCUUGUAAUUUCUUGUAAUUUUUCUUGUAAUUUCCACAUUUAUUCUAUACAUUUACAAAGUGGUAUAUUUACGUGAGAAAAAUGGUCAUUUGACAGGAAUGAAGUGACAAAAGUGGUAAAUGUAGGAGAAUAAAGUGUUGAAAACAAUGAAUGUAAGAGGAACAAAAUGUAUUUCAUGAUGAUGUGCUUUGUGGUUUUGUCUCCUUCCACACGCAUACUUUGUACUUUGUGUUGCUGAAAGAUAUGUGAUAUUUUCUAUUUUGUAUUUGUGGCUUUAUUUUGUUAU